UCCUCGUCAGAAUUGCCGUCCGCCUUGGACCGCUUUAAAAACCAAAGCCCCCCUCUCGACGCUCAUCUCUUUAUUUUUUUAAUAUUCUCUCUACCAAUUCUUAAAACUUUAAUUCAACAAUGGCGGAAUCAAAGACAAAAUUUGCAGAAGUCAGGGAAUGGAUCAUCGAACACAAGCUUCGUACCGUUGGUUGCUUAUGGCUAAGUGGUAUCUCUGGUUCAAUCGCCUAUAACUGGUCAAAACCUGCCAUGAAAACCAGUGUCAGAAUCAUCCAUGCUAGGUUGCAUGCUCAGGCGCUGACAUUAGCUGCUUUGGCUGGAGCUGCUGCAGUGGAGUACUAUGAUCACAAAUCUGGAGCCACUGAUCGUAUCCCGAAAUUUCUGAAGCCUGAAAACUUAAAUAAGGACUAAAAGCCCUUUAUCACCAUGGCUCACCCCUCCCUAUUCUCUUAUUUUAGGCAUAUAAUAGCUAAUGAAAACUUCAUGUUUCUUCAAUAUUUCUUUUUUGUACUUUGAAAUGGAUUAAUCCUGGGUUAUAUAUUCCCUACGCCUUGCAGCUUUUCUGCAAAUUACGGGAUGCAGAAAUGUAAGAGAUACGUAUAGAAGCUAAAUGAAUAAAUAUUUUUUUAUAUACAUUUAAUUUUUU